GUGGCUCACGCCUGUAAUCCUAGCACUUUGGGAAGCCAAGAUGGGUGGAUCCCUAUAGCCCAGGAGUUUGAGACCAGCCUGGGCAACACGGCGAAAUCUUGUCUCUGCAAAAAAUACAAAAAAUUUAGCUGGUGGCACAUGCCUAUAGUCCCAGCUACUUGAGAGGCUGAGGUGGAAAGAUCACUUGAGUCUGGGAGGUCAAGGCUGCAGUGAGCCAUGAUCGCACCACUGCACUCCAGUCUGGGCAACAGAGCGAUCCCAUCUGGGAAAAAAAAAAAACAAAACACAAUUUAGGGCCAGGUGGGGUGGCUCACGCCUAUAAUCCCAGCACUUUGGGAGGCCAAGGCAAGGGGAUCGCCUGAGGUCAGCAGUUUGAGACCAGGCUGGCCAACAUGGUGAAAACCCGUCUCUACUAAAAGUAUAAAAAUUAGCCAGGCAUGGUAGUGUGUGCCUGUAAUCCCAGCUAUUCAGGAAGCUGAGGCAGGAGAAUCACUUGAACCUGGGAGGAGGUUGCAGUGAGCAGAACUCGAGCCACUGCACUCCAGCCUGGGGGACAGAGUGAGACUCUGUCUCAGAAAAAAAAAAAAAAAAAAAAAAAAAGCAAUUUAGUUCUCUAGGCUUUUCCAUUUAAUAGUUUUAUAUCCUCCUAUUUCUAAAUCUGGAUGACAGUGUAACAGUCCAGUAAGGUGAAUUGUGAAUUGCUGAAAUUCUUCAGAUGUUUAAAAGAGUUUUCAGUAUUCCUCAUGUUAGAAUUAAUGCAGAGAAAAAUCAUGUCCUUUGAACUAGUUACAUGUUGUAGACUUCUGGCCUGAGGCUCUUGGGGAUUAUGUGACAUAUUGGGAAGGGACACAUUUCUGCUCUGUGGCUGUUACUAGAAAUCUAGCCGGCAAAUCAGGCUACAUUUGUGAGAAGACAGGAAGGCACAGAUUAGGGUUGAGCUGGCCUUCAACAGGUUUGGCUGGCAGUAGACACAGUGGAGCACAUCUUAACUAUUUUGGUAGGUCCUGGGUUUCUCUUGGUAGUUUUUGAUAGAAAGGGGAAUGGUGUGAGGAAAAAGUGGACAUACAUUUCACCUUUCCACUGAUAAGGCAGGUGGAAUUGGGAUGGUCAGUGGAUGGGCCAAUAGCUGGUGGCUGUGAGAAGAAUAAGGAUUUCCAUACUGGUGUGUCAUAUUUGCAGAUAGGUUGUGACCUAAAAAGUUUUUUAAAAAACAGCAGUUAGGGGCCGGACGCGGUGGCUCACGCCUGUAAUCCCAGCACUUUGGGAGGCCGAGGUGGGCAGAUCACAAGGUCAGGAGAUCGAGACCAUCUUGGCUAACAUUGUGAAACCCCGUCUCUACUAAAAAUACAAAAAAUUAGCCGGGUGUGGUGGCAGGUGCCUGUAGUCCCAGCUACUCGGGAGGCUGAGGCAAGAGAAUGGCGUGAACCCGGGAGGUGGAGCUUGCAGUGAGCUGAGAUCACGCCACUGUACUCCAGCCUGGGUGACAGAGUGAGACUCCUUCUAAAAAACAAAAACAAAACAGUAGUUAGGGUGUACACACAAAAAUUCUGGUGAUUUUUCCCCCAAUACUACCCUUGACUCUUUUGAAAUUCCUGCUUUCUCAGAGUUUACAACAUCCUUACCAAACAGCCUUCUCCCUCCUUACCACAAAAAAAGAAAAAAAAGUUCUGGGGUUGAGGGGACACUCCAUUCUUAACAUCCUCUAUUAUCCCAGCCCAAUUCCCCAGCUCUCACUGGGACUAGUUGCACCUAUCUUCAUCAUUUGGUCCCAGCAUGACUACCUGUUGGUGCAUGAGCUGAUCUCUCCUAACCUAACAGCCAGAUGCUAGUCUCUGGUACUCAGAUGCUGGGCUGCAUCAGAUAGGAUGCACAGGAUCAUCCUGGAAGCUUGUUGACAUAGAUUCCUGUGCAACUAUCAGAUAUAGUCUUAAUGUAGAUUUGUGUUGGGUGGUAUGGUAGGCAGAAUAAUGGCCUACCACUCUGAAACACGUGAAUAUGUUACCUAACAUGACAAAAGAGAAAUUGCUAAUCAGAUGACUGUAAAAUAGAUGAUCCUGGAUCAUCUGGAUGGGCCUAAUGUAAUCACAAAGGUCUGUUUCCUUGCCUCUUCCAGAUUGGCUCUGGCUUCCUUCCUCCAGCAAGGGUGGGUUGAGCUCUCACAUGGCACCACUUUGACCUCUUCUGCUUCCCUCUUCUACACUGAAAGACUUAUGGGCCAGGAGCAGUGGUUCGGGCCUGUAAUCCCAGCACUUUGGGAGGCCGAGGAAGGCAGAUCGCUUGGCCCCAGGAGUUCAAAACCGUCCUGGGCAACGUGUCGAAACCCCAUCUAGAAAGAAGAGAGGGGGAGAGGAGGAGGAGAUACAUAUAUACACAUACACACACACACACACACGUACGUACAUACAUACAUACACGCUAACUGGACGUGGUGGUGCGUCCGGGUAUUCUUAACUUUCCAGGAGACUGAGGUGGGAGGACCAGUUGAGCCUGAGAUCGCGCCAGCCUGGGUGACAGUCAGACCAUGUCUCAAAAAAAAAAAAGAUUUGUGAUUAGGAUUCUUAGUCCUCACCUGUAUUAGUUUCCUAUUGCUACUGUAACAAAUUACCACAAAUUUAGUGGCUUAAAACGACGCAAGUCUGUAGGUCAGAAGUCUGACACGGGUCUUAACUGGUGACCCGGGUCAGACUUGGGACACAAAGAACAGAAACCAAGCUGUGCAGGUGACUGACAGGCAGCCCGGUUAGGGAGCCCUACAGCAACCCGCCGGUCCUCUCUCUCAGGCAGUUGCUGCCAUGGCUCAUUAUUCCAACCGGUUCCCCUCAGCCCAGUCUAUCUCAGUGGCUCCAUCAUAGGGUGAUGUGCCCGGCGGGACACUAACCCUAACCAAGCAGAGAGACUGUCAUGCCCAUCACGACCUCGGCCCUCGGCCCCGGCCGAGGCUUCUCCUGCAGGUCGCGAGAAUCAGGUGCGUCAGCGCUGUCCGGGAACGCCGGAAGAGCCAGUGGAGCGGCUCUGUAGUCCAAAGUACCCCGUCGACCCCAGCACGGCCGCUCCACCGCCUCCUACUAGAUCCCCGUCCCUGGGACUGCGCAGUCGCAGAGCUCCGUCCGAGCACCGGAAGCCUAGGCGCCAGCACUUCCGGGAAGUGACUUCGUCUCCGAAGCCGAUUGGUUGUUGCUUUGCUCCCGCUCGCGUCCGUGGCGUUUUUCCUGCAGCGCGUGCGUGCUGCGCUACUGAGCAGUGCCAUGGAGGACUCUGAAGCACUGGGCUUCGAACACAUGGGCCUUGAUCCCCGGCUCCUUCAGGCUGUCACCGAUCUGGGCUGGUCGCGACCUACGCUGAUCCAGGAAAAGGCCAUCCCACUGGCCCUAGAAGGGAAGGAUCUCCUGGCUCGGGCCCGCACGGGCUCCGGGAAGACGGCCGCUUAUGCUAUUCCGAUGCUGCAGCUGUUGCUCCAUAGGAAGGCGACAGGUCCGGUGGUAGAACAGGCAGUGAGAGGCCUUGUUCUUGUUCCUACCAAGGAGCUGGCACGGCAGGCACAGUCCAUGAUUCAGCAGCUGGCUACCUACUGUGCUCGGGAUGUCCGAGUGGCCAAUGUCUCAGCUGCUGAAGACUCAGCCUCUCAGAGAGCUGUGCUGAUGGAGAAGCCAGAUGUGGUAGUGGGGACCCCAUCUCGCAUAUUAAGCCACUUGCAACAAGACAGCCUGAAACUUCGUGACUCCCUGGAGCUUUUGGUGGUGGACGAAGCUGAUCUUCUUUUUUCCUUUGGCUUUGAAGAAGAGCUCAAGAGUCUCCUCUGUCACUUGCCCCGGAUUUACCAGGCUUUUCUCAUGUCGGCUACUUUUAACGAGGACGUACAAGCACUCAAGGAGCUGGUAUUACAUAACCCGGUUACCCUUAAGUUACAGGAGUCCCAGCUGCCUGGGCCAGACCAGUUACAGCAGUUUCAGGUGGUCUGUGAGACUGAGGAAGACAAAUUCCUCCUGCUGUAUGCCCUGCUCAAGCUGUCAUUGAUUCGGGGCAAGUCUUUGCUCUUUGUCAACACUCUAGAGCGGAGUUACCGGCUACGCCUGUUCCUGGAGCAGUUCAGCAUCCCCACCUGUGUGCUCAAUGGAGAGCUUCCACUGCGCUCCAGGUGCCACAUCAUCUCACAGUUCAACCAAGGCUUCUACGACUGUGUCAUAGCAACUGAUGCUGAAGUCCUGGGGGCCCCGGUCAAGGGCAAGCGUCGGGGCCGAGGGCCCAAAGGGGACAAGGCCUCUGAUCUGGAGGCAGGUGUGGCCCGGGGCAUAGACUUCCACCAUGUGUCUGCUGUGCUCAACUUUGAUCUUCCCCCAACCCCUGAGGCCUACAUCCAUCGAGCUGGCAGGACAGCACGCGCUAACAACCCAGGCAUAGUCUUAACCUUUGUGCUGCCCACGGAGCAGUCCCACUUAGGCAAGAUUGAGGAGCUUCUUAGUGGAGAGAACAGGGGCCCCAUUCUGCUCCCCUACCAGUUCCAGAUGGAGGAGAUCGAGGGCUUCCGCUAUCGCUGCAGGGAUGCCAUGCGCUCAGUGACUAAGCAGGCCAUUCGGGAGGCAAGAUUGAAGGAGAUCAAGGAGGAGCUUCUGCACUCUGAGAAGCUUAAGACAUACUUUGAAGACAACCCUAGGGACCUCCAGCUGCUGCGGCAUGACCUACCUUUGCACCCCGCAGUGGUGAAGCCCCACCUGGGCCAUGUUCCUGACUAUCUGGUUCCUCCUGCUCUCCGUGGCCUGGUGCGCCCUCACAAGAAGCGGAAGAAGCUGUCUUCCUCUUGUAGGAAGGCCAAGAGAGCGAAGUCCCAGAACCCACUGCGCAGCUUCAAGCACAAAGGAAAGAAAUUCAGACCCACAGCCAAGCCCUCCUGAGGUUGUUGAGCCUCUCUGGAGCUGAGCACAUUGUGGAGCACGGGCUUACACCCUUCGUGGACAGGCGAGGCUCUGGUGCUUACUGCACAGCCUGAACAGACAAUUCUGGGGCCGGCAGUGCUGGGCCCUUUAGCUCCUUGGCACUUCCAACCUGGCAUCUUGCCCCUUGACAACAGAAUAAAAAUUUUAGCUGCCCCA